AUGAGUCUCUCUAAAGACAGUGAGACAAGGGGCUUGGACCCCAGAACAGGCAUCUCUACAGAACAUGAUAAUGUCAGUGUUCAUCAGGAGAGAUCACGAUCACCUGAUCCUAGCUGUGUGUCCAUGAAGAGUGACAAUUCAAAAGAGGGGCUUCCACCGCUCUUCAGUGAAACCAGUCCAUCUGAACCAGGAAUAACUACACUGAGCAGACUUGAGGAACAGAUUAUUUACUUGGUAAAGAAUGAGCUGAAGCGAUUCUGGACCAUUCUGAAUCCAGGUCGUAUAAAAUGCUCUGAGCGUGAAUCUGGGAAAAAGGAAAAUCAGAUCAGUAUCAGAGAAGAAACUCUGAACAUAACUCUGCAUGUCCUCAGGAACAUGAACGAGAAUGAUCUUGCUGACAUACUGGAGGAAACUGAGCCGCUUUUGGCUUGUCGACACAUCCUCAAAUCAAACCUGAAGAAUAAGUAUCAAUGUGUGUCUGAGGGAAUAGCAAAACAAGGAAACUCAACACUUCUCAACAAGAUCUACACAGAGCUCUACAUCACAGAGGGUGGAAGUGGAGAGGUCAAUAAUGAACAUGAGGUGAGACAGAUUGAAAGAGCAUCCAGGAGACCAGCAACAGAAGAAACACCAAUACAAUGCAAUGACAUCUUUAAACCCUUACCUGGAGAAGACAAACCCAUCAGAACUGUGCUGACAAAGGGAGUAGCUGGUAUUGGAAAAACAGUCUCCGUUCAGAAGUUCAUCCUGGACUGGUCAGAAGGAAAAUCAAAUCAAGAUCUCCGCUUCAUGUUUCCACUUCCAUUUCGAGAGCUUAACUUGAUAAAAGGGAAAAAACUCAGUCUGACUGAGAUGCUUCAUCUUUUCUACCCAGAGACAAAGGAACUCGUCUUCACCCAGAGUGACAAACAUAAAAUAGCGUUCAUUUUUGAUGGACUUGAUGAAUGUCGAAUACCUCUGGAUUUCCAGAGUAGUGAGAGAUUGUGUAAUGCAACAGAGCCAGCCUCUGUAGAUGUUCUCCUGACAAACCUCAUCAAGGGAAAUCUUCUUCCCUCUGCUCUCCUUUGGAUAACCUCCCGCCCAGCUUCGGCCAAUCAAAUGCCUCCAGAAUGUGUUGACCGGGUGACAGAGAUACGAGGGUUUAACGACACGCAGAAGGAGGAGUACAUCAGAAAGAGAGUCAGUGACCAAAACCUGGCAGACAAAAUCAUCACUCAUGUAAAGUCAUCAAGGAGCCUCUACAUCAUGUGCCACAUACCAGUUUUUUGUUGGAUUUCAUCUACUGUUCUAGAAAGAAUGUUGGGUGAAGCAUAUAGUGGACAGAUCCCAAAGACUCUCACAAACAUGUACACACACUUCCUGAGGUAUCAGAUGAAUCAAAGGAAUCGAAAAUAUGAUGAAAAUUUUCAAAUGCAUCAAAGUGUUCUUUUGCUGGGGAAGCUGGCAUUUGAGCAUUUGGAGAAGGGACACUUGGUCUUCUAUGAAAAUGAUCUGAAGGAGUGUGGCAUUGAUAUAACUGAUGCUUCAGUCUACUCGGGUGUGUUCACGCAGAUCUUUAGGGAGGAGUCAGGUCUGCACCAGGAGACUGUGUACAGCUUUGUGCACUUGAGCAUUCAAGAGUUUCUUGCAGCUUUAUAUGUGUUCCUGAUGUUCAUCAAUGAUGAUAAAAAUGUCCUAUGUUCUGAGGAAGCAAUUAAAACAAACCCUGCAAUGACAUCCCAAGGUAUGUCUGUGACUGAUGUACACAAGAGUGCAGUGGACAAAACCUUAGCAAGUAACAAUGGACAUCUUGAUCUUUUCCUGCGCUUCCUUCUGGGCCUUUCACUGGAAUCCAAUCACGCUUUGCUUCAUGAACUACUGACACCAAGAGGAAGAAUUUCACAGAAUAAAGAUGAAACAGUCAAGUACAUCAAGAAAAAAUUCACAGAGGAGCUCUCUCAAGAGAGAUCUAUAAAUUUGCUCCACUGUCUGAAUGAACUCAAUGAUCAUUCUUUGGUCGAGCAAAUCCAAAGUUACCUGCGAUCUGGACGUUUGCCCAAAACUGACCUCUCUCCUGCACAGUGGUCAGCUCUGGUCUUUGUGUUGCUGACAUCACAGGAGAAGCUGGAUGUGUUUGACCUAAAGAGGUUCAUCAGAUCAGAUGAGUGUCUUCUGAGGCUCCUGCCAGUGGUCAAAGUCUCCAGAACAGCUCUGCUCAGUAACUGUAACCUCACUGAACAGACCUGUAAAGCACUGGCAUCAGUUCUGGACUCUGAGAUUUCUAGUCUGAGAGAACUUGAUCUGAGUAACAAUUCACUGGGGGACUCAGGAGUGGAUCUGCUCUGUGCUGGACUGAAGAAUCCACACUGUAAACUGGAGAGUCUGAGGUUGGCGUGUUGCGAUAUAACAGAUGAGGGCUGUUCGGCUCUGGCUUCAGUUCUCAGCUUAGAGCCCUCACAUCUGAGAGAGCUGGAUCUGAGCUACAAUAAUAUUGGACGCAAAGGAGCAAAACUGCUCUCUGCUGCACUGACCAAACCACAGUGUAACUUAGAGCUGCUUAAGCUGUCAGACUGCAGUAUUACACAGGAUGGCUGUGCUGCUUUGGCUUCAGCUUUGAACUCCAAUCCCACACACCUGAGAGAACUGGAUCUGAGCUAUAAUAAAGCAGGAGACACAGGACUGAAGCUGCUCUCUACUCUACUUAAGGAUCAAAAGUGUGAACUGGACACACUAAAAUUGUCAGACUGCAGUAUUACAGAGGAAGGCUGUGCUGCUCUGUCUUCAGCUCUGGAUUCAAACCCUUCACACCUGAGAGAACUUGAUCUGAGUUGGAAUAAACCAGGGGAUUCAGGAAUAAAAGCUCUCUCCGCUGUACUGAAAAAAACAAGUUGUAAACUGGAGAUACUUAGACUGCUAGACUGCAGUCUAACAGAGAAAGGCUGUGUUGCUCUGGCUUCAGCUCUGAGCUCAAACCCCUCACACCUGAGAGAGCUGGAUUUGAACAACAACAAACCAGGAGAUUCAGGAGUGAAAUUGGUCUCUAGUGCACUGCUUAAUCCAAACUGUAAACUAGAGACACUGAAAUUGUCUAACUGUAGAAUAACAUUGGAGGGUUUUGCUGCUUUGGCCUCAGCUCUGAGUUCAAACCUUUCACACUUAAGAGAGCUGGAUCUGAGCUGGAAUAGUUCAGGAGACUCAGGAGUAAAGAUGCUCUCUGUUGUACUGAGAGAUCCACAAUGUAAACUAGAGAAACUAAGACUGUGUAGCUGCAGAAUAAAAGAGGAUGGCUGUGUGGCCCUGGCUUCAGCUCUGGGUUCAAACCCCUCACACCUGAGAGAACUGGAUCUGAGCUUGAAUAAAGUGGGAGAUUUAGGAGCAAAGCAGCUCUCUGCCCCACUGAAAAAUUCACUUUGUAAACUGGAGAAACUGAGAUUGUAUUACUGCUGUAUAACAGAGGAAGGCUUUGCUGCUCUGGCUAAAAGUCUUAGCUCAAACCCCUCACAUCUUCGAGAGCUGGAUCUGAGUUACGGUAAAUCAGGAGCCACAGGAGCAAAUCUGCUCUCUGGUGUUCUGAAAAAUCCACAGUGUAACCUGGAAUCACUAAGAUUGUCAGAUUGCAGUAUGACAGAGGAAAGCUGUGCUCCUCUGGCUUCAGCUUUGAGGUCAAACCCCUCACACCUGAAAGAAUUAGAUCUGUCCAGGAAUGAACUUGGAGGCUCUGGGGCAAAAUCGCUAGCUGAGCUACUGAAAUAUAAACAGUUUAAACUGGAGAAACUGAAGUUGUCAUAUUGCAGUGUGUCAGAGGAGGGCUGUGCUGCUCUAGCCUCAGCCCUGGGAUCAAACCAUACACACCUUAAAGAGCUGGACCUAAGCCACAAUACACUGGGAAACUCAGGAGUGAAACUUCUCUCUGCUGUUCUUAAGAACUUGCACUGUAAACUGGUUCAUUUGAGGCUGUCAGGAUGUGGUAUAACAGAGGAAGGCUGUGCUGUUCUGGCUUCAGUCCUGGGAUCAAAACCCUCACAUCUGAGAGAACUGGAUCUGAGCAACAAUACAUUUCAUGACUCAGGAGUGAAACUACUUUCUGAUUUCUUGAAAAAUCCAAACUGUAAACUGGAGGAUCUAUGGCUGUGCAACUGUUCCAUUACAGCUGAAGGUUUUUCUUUCCUAGCAUUGGCUCUAAAGUCAAACCCCUCAGCUGUGAGGAAACUUGUCCUACAUGACAAUCAGCCAGGAAAUACAAAAGUGAAUCUGCUCUCGAUUCUGCAAGAGGAUCCUCAUUGUGCACUUGAGACAGUGCAGUGA